AUGGUUCAGUUAAAACAAGUCUCCCUGCGGUUGAAAUCGAUUAAGAACAUUCAGAAAAUCACCAAAACCAUGAAAAUGGUGUCAGCCAGCAAGUUUACAAAAGCAGAACGGGAAUUGAAAGCGGCCAGGCCUUUCGGCUACGGCCCUCGCAAGUUCUACGAGUCCAGCCAACUGGUCAAAGGGCCCGUGGACAAGAAGCCCACUGACGCCAAGGCUGUAGCACCGGAAGUGAAGCCUGAUGAAGUUAAAACAGAAGAUGCAAAGGCUAAGAGGAUUUACGUUGCAAUGACUUCUGAUCGAGGUCUGUGCGGUGGCGUGCACAGCGGCGUAUCGCGGCGUAUACGCAGGGAGAUGACAGCGCGCAAAGCAGAGGGCGCCACUCACAAGCUCGUCUGCGUCGGGGACAAGUCUCGGGGGAUGCUGCGCAGGACCUUUUCGGAUAAUAUGCUGAUCAAUAUUAGAGAUAUUGGCCGCGUGACGCCGGUGUUCGCGGAUGCAUCCGUGAUGGCAGCGGCUAUAGCGGACUCCGGCUACUCGUAUGAAUUCGGCGAAAUAUUCUACAACAAGUACUUCACCCCCGUCAAGUAUGAACUGACGGUGAUUCCCUUCUUCAAUAAGUUUAAAAUCGAGAGUGCGCCAAACAUGAACGCUUUCGACGACGUAGACGCCGAUCAACUCGAAAGCUACGACGAAUGGACGCUGGCUGCCUUACUCUACUACGCGCUGAAGGAAGGUGCGGCGUCAGAGCAGUCCGCCAGGAUGGCCGCCAUGGACAACGCCACCAAAAACGCGGAGGAAAUGAUACGGAAACUGACCCUACUGUUCAAUAGAACGAGACAGGCUGUUAUUACGAGAGAACUUAUUGAGAUCAUUUCGGGUGCUGCGGCUCUUAAAUAA